CCUAAUCUACCUCGACACUAUCCUCCUCCUCUGUUUUGUCUGUUACACAUCGCCAUUCCUUCGUCCUGUCAGCUGCUUUCUUACCGCACUCGCACUCAACGUCCUUCGUUCUUGUCAAUCAAUCACCCACCUUCACCACCAAAGGACGCUCCACAAACCCCGGCAAUACCAAAGCCCCUCCCCGCCGCCGCGCCCUUCGCCGCCGUGCUUCCCACCUCGCACCGAACGCGUUCCGUCCCACCUCACUCGCCCUUCUCGCGACAUCUGACGCUCUCCGCCUAGCGCCAGGCUCGUCAACGACGUAGGGGCUCGCUUCCCUUCCCAACCUUCCCCCCUCCCCCUUCCCGCCCAACAUAUCUCCCACCGAGGACCAACCCCGCGCCAUGCCCGCCUCGACGUCGGGGGCACCAUUAGUGCCCCGCCGUCGGAAGCGUCGGGCAAACAGAGACUCUUGGUGGGCGCGACAUGUUACCAAGCCUCUGAGCGUACUCAACCCCGCGACCCUCCUUGCCAGAAGGAGAAAGCCCUCAACACCACGAUCCAUCUUUAUCAACCAGGAGCUCCCCUCCGAUUACUUUGAUAAGAAGGGACGACCGCUCAAGAGCAAGGUGUUCUGUACAAACCAGAACAUUACCUCCAAAUACACCAUCAUCACCUUCUUACCGCGCAAUCUGCUUGAACAGUUCCGCCGCAUCGCCAACAUCUUCUUCCUGUUCAUCAACGUCCUCCAGUUCUUCCCCAAGUUCUCGACCAUUUCGCCUGGUCUCGUCAUUUUGCCACUCAUUGUCGUCCUGCUCAUCACCGCACUCAAGGAUGGCUACGAGGACGUCAAACGCCACCAGGCUGACCGCAAGGUCAACCACUCAGUUGUACAUGUUCUCGCUGGCGGCGAUGGGCAGUAUGUCAACCGCAACCCGAUGGAAGGCAAGUCCAAGACAUUUGUGCGCGGUCUUCCGCUGCCAAGACGCAAGAGCAAAAAGGCCAAGUCCGAGGACAUGAAGGCCAACGCCGACCUCCUCAAGACCGGCAAUGAGAACGAUCUCGAGCGCAUUCACACGAUCAGGUCUCAGGUUUCCACUUGGGACAACGAUCCUGAGGCAGGCGACAACCCAAAGGAGCUUGGGUGGCAGCGCACGAUUUGGGAAGACGUAAAGGUGGGCGACAUUGUCAAGAUUUAUGACAAUGAGCCCAUUUGUGCCGACCUUAUCGUGUGCGCUACUUCUGAAGAGGAGGACGUUUGCUACGUCGAGACCAAGGGAUUGGACGGUGAAACCAACCUCAAGUCGCGCCAUGCCGUUCCCGGUAUCACCCAUCUCGACUCGGUUCAGGCAUGCGCGACGACCCAGAUGCGCAUCGACAUGGAGGCGGCGGAGGUCAACAUGUACCGCCUAAAUGGCGCAGUCGUCCUCCCUGGGGAGGAAGGUGAUGUCACGCACCCUGUGACUCUCGACACCUGUCUGCUCCGUGGAUGCGCACUCCGUAACACUGGCUGGGUCAUCGGUAUUGUCGCCUUCACUGGCGAUGACACCAAGAUUAUUCAGAACUCGGGUCGCGCUCCCAGCAAGCGUUCCCGCGUCGAGCGCCAGAUGAACCCACAGGUGCUCUUCAACCUUUUUGUCCUGGGCAUUAUUGCGAUGAUCUGCGCGGUGAUCGACCACUUCCUCGAGAAGGAGUGGACACCGCAGGGCGCGUACUGGAUGCUGUUCAACGACACGUCAGGCGACAACCCAGACAUCAACGGUCUCUGGACAUUCUUCAAUGCGCUUAUUACGUUCCAGAACAUCAUUCCAAUCUCGCUCUACCUGUCCAUCGAGUUUGUGCGCACCGUCCAGGCUCUCUUCAUUUUCUGGGACCACCAGAUGCAGUACUUUAAGAACGGACAGAAGAUUCGGACCACCGCUCGCUCCUGGAACCUUUCCGACGACCUUGGGCAAGUCGAGUACAUCUUCUCGGACAAGACAGGCACUCUCACCCAGAACGUCAUGGUUUUCCGCCAGUGCUCCGUUGGCGGGAAGAUUUACUUUGGUGACGAGGUGGAGCCCACCGCGCCCAAAAAAGACAAGCCUCUCGAGGACACCAUGAGCAGCUCGGACGACAACUCGAACUCGACCGGCGAUGCCGCGAGUGUUCGCAGAGCCGAAGCCGUGGAGAUCCCGCCAUUCCGCGACCAGACUCUCACGGCCGACCUGAAUGAUCUCGACUCGGAGCAGUCGCGCAUCCUUCACGGCUUCUUCGUUGUCCUCGGUCUUUGCCACACGGCGCUCGCAUCGCAGACCGAGUCUGGAACUAUCGCUUACAAGGCACAGUCGCCUGACGAGGCGGCUCUUGUCCAGAGCGCUGCCGACGUCGGGUUUGUCUUCCUCGGCCGUGACCGUAACAUCCUCCGUCUCAAGACUCCCUACGCCGAGCAGCCCGACGAGUACGAGCUCCUCAACGUGCUCGAGUUCAACUCGACCCGCAAGCGCAUGUCGGUCAUUGUGCGCAAAUGUGAUGACCAGGGCAUGAUUCUCCUUCUCUCGAAGGGUGCCGACAACAUUAUUUUCGACCUGCUCAACAAGUCCGACGAGUCACAGGCCAAGUUGCGCGAGAAGACGGACAAGGACCUCCAGGUGUUCGCCAGCGAGGGUCUCCGCACUCUGUGUCUCGCGUACCGUGUCCUUGAGCCCGCCGAGUACGAGGCCUGGGCGAGUGCCUAUCAUGAGGCGGAGGUUGCUCUAAGCGACCGUGAGCAGAAGAUGGAGGACGUCAUGGCUCAGGUCGAGACCAACCUGCAGUUGUUGGGCGCCACCGCCAUCGAGGACAAGCUUCAGGACGGUGUUCCCGAGACCAUCGCCGACCUUAAGCGCGCGGGUAUCAACAUUUGGGUUGCAACGGGUGACAAGCUCGAGACUGCCGUGGCCAUUGGUUACACGACCAAUCUGCUAACCGCCGACUCGAACCUGAUCAUCAUUCGCGAAGGCAGGCACUCAAUUCACGAUCAGCUGCGCGACUCGUUGGGAGGGUUCUUCGGCGAGGAUCUCCGCCGCUCCAACUCCCUAACGCAGCUCGACACCCGAGCCUCCACCCAGCUCCGCCGCGUCAACACAGGCGUGGGGUCGCUUGUCGGGGACGACAACGGCCAACGCCCAGGCGGUUUCUCGCUCGUGAUCGAGGGCUCGGCACUGGCCGAGGUCUUCAACGACAACUCUGGCGAGUGCGAAGACCUUCUGAUCCAGCUGGCCUUGAAGUGCAACACUGUCAUCUGCUGCCGAGUGUCGCCCCUGCAGAAGGCUCAGAUCGUCCGACUCAUCAAGGACAACCUCGGCGUGCUUUGCCUUGCCAUCGGUGAUGGAGCCAACGACGUCUCGAUGAUCCAGGCCGCUGAUGUGGGUGUUGGUAUCUCGGGCGAAGAGGGUCUCCAGGCUGUCAACUCUGCCGACUACGCAACCGGGCAGUUCCGCUUCCUCAAGCGGCUCCUCCUUGUCCACGGUCACUGGUCGUACUACCGUAACGGCACCAUGAUUGUCAACUUCUUCUACAAGAACAUCAUUGGUAUCGGUAUUCUAUUCUGGUACAUGUUCUUCUGUGGAUGGUCGACCACUUUCGUCUACGCCUACGUCUACCUGCUCUUCUGGAACGUCUUCUGGACACUCUGCCCUGUCAUCGCUAUCGGUGUGUUUGAACGUAACGCCGAGGAUGUCGACCUCAUGGCCCUCCCUGAGCUCUACCGCUACUCCCGUGAGCACAGAUACUACAACUGGCCCCGCUUUUUGUACUAUCUCUUCGAGGGUGUGUACCAGACGGCGGUCGGCUACUUUUUCAUCCACUACACCUACGUGUCUACCACUACGCGCGGCGACGGCUGGGACAUUUACAAGGACGAAAUGUCGACGACCAUGGCUGUUGCCGCUGCGAUGUACGCGAACCUGUUCUCUGGUCUCAACAUCGACGCGUGGAGCUGGUGGGUCGUAUUUGCCGUAUGGGUCGGCCCCUUCCUCAUCUGGGUCUUCACUCCCAUCUACUCGAUCGUCCCCCCCACCACUUACAUUUCUGGUGUUUACGGCAACGACAUCUUCCUGUUCCGCUCGGCAGCGUUCUGGUUCGGCUGGCCGUUCGUAACCAUUAUCGCCCUCAUGCCCCGAUACCUCAUCAAGUUUGCUAAGCAGAACAUCUUCCCGAACGACAUUGACGUGAUGCGCCUCGUGCGCAAGUACCACCCCAAUGUCGAUCCCUUCACAGACCCCAUGCUCGGUGGUCGUCUUGACAAGUCGCACGAGAACGACGACAUGGUCAUUGGCCGUGUGCAGUCCAAUGCCGCCAUGGCCAGCAGGAACAGCAUCGCCCUCGAGGAGCUUACCGGGCCUGCAGAGUACACUCCUGCUACCGAGUAUCCCCCGCGCCAGAGCACCGAAUACUUGGGUCGCCGGAGUUCGCACCGCCCGAGUUUCCAGAGCACGCGUCUUGGCAUGGCCGGCGGCAUUCGCGGAUCGCAAGUCGACAUGUCUACGGGCCUGACGCGCGAGCCCUCGCGCGGCUUUGGCUUCGAUGUGGAAGAGGGUGGCGUGGCCAUCAGGCGCAUGCAGUCGUCCCUGUCGCAGACAUCGCAGCAGCGCCAGCGAUACACUUUGCGCCGGCUGGCCGUGCAGAACCGGCAGAGCAACUCGCCCGCGCCCUCGCCCCACUCGGCGUUCAAGAGCCUGCGCAACCGCGCCGGCUCGAUUCUGCGCCCGCGCCACCGCUCGAGCACAGUCAAUACGCGCGGCUCGACACAAAUGAGCGGCGACGACGCCGCGCAACCACUUGCCGCGUCCCCGCCCCGAUCGCCAUAG